CGGGCGCAGACUCUCCGGAGCUGCCCUUUUCGUUACGUCACGGCCGGCCUAGCGAGGAGCGCAACCGGCGCGAGUUUUUCAAAAUGGGAGCGCGGAGGCGCCGCCCAAGCCUCGGAAGGUUCCCGGGAGACCUUUCGGUGGCUGUACCGUCGUCGCCGGGAGCGGCGGCCUAGAGAGCCGAGCCUGAUGGACGCCAAGAACGGCUGGCUGCUUGGAGCGCUGCCUCGAAGGGACUGCGUGAAGGGAGCCGACCCGGGGAGCACAAGCCGGGGCCUGGAAAUAUGGCGACCUGCAUCGGGGAGAAGAUCGAGGAUUUUAAAGUUGGAAAUCUGCUUGGUAAAGGAUCAUUUGCUGGUGUCUACAGAGCUGAGUCCAUUCACACUGGUUUGGAAGUUGCAAUCAAAAUGAUAGAUAAAAAAGCUAUGUACAAAGCUGGAAUGGUACAGAGAGUCCAAAAUGAGGUGAAAAUACAUUGCCAAUUGAAACAUCCAUCAAUCUUGGAGCUGUAUAACUAUUUUGAAGAUAACAAUUAUGUUUACCUAGUGUUAGAAAUGUGCCAUAAUGGAGAAAUGAACAGGUUCCUAAAGAACAGAAGGAAACCAUUCUCAGAAAAUGAAGCUCGACAGUUCAUGCACCAGAUCAUCACAGGAAUGUUGUACCUUCAUUCUCAUGGUAUAUUACACCGGGACCUCACACUUUCUAACCUCUUACUUACACGUAAUAUGAACAUCAAGAUUGCCGAUUUUGGGCUGGCAACUCAAUUGAAAAUGCCACAUGAAAAGCACUAUACGUUAUGUGGGACUCCUAAUUACAUUUCACCAGAAAUUGCAACUCGAAGUGCACAUGGACUCGAAUCUGAUGUUUGGUCCUUGGGCUGUAUGUUUUAUACAUUACUUAUUGGAAGACCGCCUUUUGACACUGACACAGUCAAGAACACGUUAAAUAAAGUAGUACUGGCAGAUUAUGAAAUGCCAACUUUUUUGUCAAGAGAAGCCAAGGACCUUAUUCACCAGUUACUUCGUAGAAAUCCAGCGGAUCGUUUAAGUCUGUCUUCAAUAUUAGACCAUCCUUUUAUGUCCCAAAAUUCUUCAACAAAAAGUAAGGAUUUAGGAACUGUAGAAGACUCAAUUGAUAGUGGACAUGCCACUAUUUCUACUGCAAUUACAGCUUCUUCCAGUACCAGUAUAAGUGGUAGUUUAUUUGACAGAAGAAGACUUUUGAUUGGUCAGCCACUCCCAAAUAAAAUGACUGUAUUUCCAAAGAAUAAAAAUACAAGUGAUUUUACUUCUUCAGGAGAUGGAAGCAGUUUUUAUACUCAGUGGGGAAAUCAAGAACAAGAAACCAGUAAUAGUAGAAGGGGAAGAGUAAUCCAAGAUGCAGAAGAAAGGCCACAUUCUCGAUACCUUCGUAGAGCCCAUUCUUCUGAUAGGUCCAGCACUUCGAAUAGUCAGUCUCGAGAAAACGCAUGUACAAUGGAACGAUGUUACUCAGCAGAAAUGCUUUCAAAAUACAAAAGGUCAGGAGUAGCUGAAAAUGAAGAAAGAUACUCACCCACAAACAGCAAUGUCAAUAUUUUUCGCUUCUUUCAAGAAAAGACACCCAAUAGUUCUGGAUCUGUUGGGAGACCUGAUAACAAUCAAGCACUCUCCAAUCAUCUUUGUCCGGGAAAAGCUCCUUUUCCAUUUCCAGACCAGACAUCUCAGACUGAAAUGGUACAACAGUGGUUUGGGAAAUUGCAAGUAAAUGAACCUCUUUCGGAACCAAGCAAGAUGAGGGGUAUGGAGCCACCAAUGGGUUAUCAGAAACGUACGUUGCGAAGCAUUACGGCUCCUUUGACAGCUUACAGGCUAAAACCGAUCAGACAGAAAACCAAAAAGGCUGUGGUGAGCAUACUUGAUUCAGAGGAGGUAUGUGUGGAGCUUUUAAAGGAGCAUGCAUCUCAAGAAUAUGUGAAAGAAGUGCUUCAAAUAUCUAGUGAUGGAAAUAUGAUCACUAUUUAUUAUCCACAUGAUGGAAGAGGUUUUCCCCUUGCUGAUAGGCCACCCUCACCUACUGACAACAUCAGUAGGUACAGCUUUGACGGUUUACCAGAAAAGUACUGGCGAAAAUAUCAAUAUGCUUCCAGAUUUGUACAGCUUGUAAGAUCUAAAUCUCCCAAAAUCACUUAUUUUACAAGAUAUGCUAAAUGCGUCUUGAUGGAGAAUUCCCCUGGUGCUGAUUUUGAGGUUUGGUUUUAUGAUGGAGCAAAGAUACAUAAAACAGAAGCUUUAAUUCAUAUGAUUGAAAAGACUGGGAAAUCUUAUACCUUAAAAGGUCAAAGUGAAGUUAAUAGCUUGAAAGAGGAAAUAAAAAUGUAUAUGGACCAUGCUAAUGAGGGCCAUCGUGUUUGUUUAGCACUGGAAUCCAUAAUUGCAGAAGAGGAAAAGAAAAGUGGAAGUGCUUCUUUUUUCCCAAUAAUCGUAGGAAGAAAACCUAGUAAUACCAGCUUGCCUCAGGCCUUGUCACCUCCUCCCUCUAUGGAUCCAAAUUACCCGACGAGAGAGAGGCCACCUUUGAGUAGAAUGAUCAUAAAUAGUGCUGCUUCUCCAAAACAGGCACCGAUACCUAAUCCUUCUAUGGUCACAGAUGAAGGACUUGGCCAACCUGCUGCAGCUUCUGGAACAAACACCCCUCCUAGUCUUCUAACAGAUUGUCUUCCUGCAGCAGCACAACUUUUGAAGUCUGUUUUUGUGAAAAAUGUUGGUUGGGCUACACAGUUAACUAGUGGAGCUGUGUGGGUUCAGUUUAAUGAUGGGUCCCAGCUGGUCGUGCAAGCAGGCGUGUCUUCUAUCAGUUAUACAUCACCAAAUGGUCAGACAACGAGAUACGGAGAAAAUGAAAAAUUACCAGAAUACAUCAAACAGAAAUUACAGUGUCUUUCUUCCAUCCUUUUGAUGUUUUCUAAUCCAACUCCUAGUUUCCAUUGAUUAAAGCUCUUUUGAGUAUAUAAGUUUAAUAAAUAAUGUUUCUGUUGGCUUUCAAGGAAAAGUGACUUUUUAUUAUUUAAAAUAACUUCUUCAGAAAGCCUUUCUAUAAAAGAGAAUUUUAAUCUAUACCAUGAUGGAUGUAUUCUAAUGAGAGAAUAAAGCAGAAUGAAAGUUGAGUCAUUUACAAAAUGUAGUAGUCAUAGAUUAAAAUAGGACACCUUACUUUGCUCUUAGAACAUAUACACCCAGAUUUUACUGUGUUAUUCAUUUUAAAAGACUGUGUUGAACAGUCUUUUAAAAGCAAAAAUAUAAGUGGUAUAUUUGUGCUUUUAUUGUUUUCCCUACUUCUCAGGCAUUUCGAGAAUCAUGGACAAAACAUGCUAGAGUUUUUGAACAUGUAAAUAAUGUGUAUUUAUGUUGUAAGUGACAUAUGUAAACAUGUAUAUUUGUUUUAUAUUUAUUUUUGUAGCACCAGUUUCUGAUGAAGCAUAUC